GCACAUGCCACAUUGAGGAAAUUGGCCAACAUGGGCGCGAAGAUGUUGAGGUUGAUACUUUGAGUUGGCUGCAGACAAGGCACAGCGCAAGUGACUCCACGGAUGAUGUUUCCACCUCGCCUGCAAGCAGUGCUCGCAAUGUACGGCCUGAUGCAGCUAGAGUGAAAACCAGCACCGUUGACACUGUCGACACUGAUGCGGAGCAUGUGCAUCACGUAGAUGAGACUAAUGAGAGUUUGAAGCCGAGCCCACACACCAGCAAGCAACACAUGAAGGGGAAGAUUCCAUGGAUAGUGGUGCAUCACAUUUGGACGGACGAUGAUGCACCAAGACAUCAUCACUGGUCCCACAACACCCGACACUUUGCCCAUCCGCACCAUCACACUGAAAGUCAGCACCAUCAUCACCACAGCUGGACGGAAGCGCCAUGGUGGACAGAUGACAUGCAUGCGCCUCCUCCUCACCCCACAGAUCACCCUGAUGACAGUGGAUGGACCGACCAUCCAGGACACAGGGUACCACAUACAACUCCGCACAAUCACAACAAAAAUCAGCCCAUCCACCAAUGGCUAAGCACCAGCUGGCAGGACAAUUGGAAAGAUCUACCUGGCACCACCCCUACUACGACCUCUUCUGUAGCAGCGCCUGUCAGCACAACACAUGUGCACACAUCACAACCACUUCCAUCAACAACAUACACUGCGCCCCCAUCAACAAGCAUGAUGCCAACCAUGGCAGCAACAACCACGGCUGCAGCAGCAACCGCGGCAGCAACAACAGAAGCAACUACAAUUACAACAGACUCUGGAGCCACAACUGCAUCGACAACAACAGUUUCGAGAACAACAGCUUCAGGAACUACAAUGACCACUGCCACCCCAACUAAUGCCACGUCCUCCACCACAUCCACCGUAGAAACCACGGAAGCGACGGAAACCACGCAAACCACGACUGCCUCGUCCACCACAGCUACAGCGACCACAACGUCCACCACAGACACCACCACAGCCACCACCACUACACCAAGCACCACACCCACUACCACACCCACCGCCACACCCGCUACACCUACCACACCCCCCACAGCCACCACAGCCACCACAGCCACCACAGCCACCACAGCCACCACAGCCACCACAGCCACCACAGCCACCACACCCAUCUCACCCACCACACCCACCUCACCCACCACACCCACCUCACCCGUUACACCCACCACACCCGCCACACCCACCACACCCACCACAUCCACCACAAUUACCACACCAACCACAACCACCACACCAACUACCACGCCUGCCACACCGCCCACAACCACAACCACGACUGCGAUCACAACGACACCUAGUCCUCCAAGUACGCCUGCAACCACAACAACUUUCCUGGAAAUGCAUCCGCCCGACAUGUCCAACAAGCACUGCCGUCCCCUGGACGCUGCCGGAAACCCAACUGGAUUGCAUGUCCGUCUACGAAAGGAGGUACAUAAUGUCAAUGAAGAAGAGUGGGCAAGAUUUCGCGAUGGCAUGCGGGCGCUGAAGGUCCGAUUCUUGCAAGACCCGGCUGCAUUCCAGUGUCCCACGCAAAGCCAGGGGUUUUGCAGCGAUUUUCGCGAUUACCCACAGACAUGGGAGUCCUUCAUCUCACUUUAUCCUCGGCUGCAUGAUCAGCCAACUGACUUUUUGGUGGCUCACAGAAAGUUUGUGUAUGAUAUGGAGACAACACUUCAAAAUCUGACUGGAAGCUGUGAGCUCUUCAUCCCGUACUUCCAGUCUUUUGCCUUCUCUGUUGAUCCUAUGUCUGCUCCUGUGUGGUCAACGGACCGCUUGGGAAGCGUGCCAUCCUGGUGGGAAACACGAGAUUGCGAGUAUGGCUUUUUCAGCGACCCAGCCUGGUGUGUGGAUGAUGGCGUUGCCCAAG